AAACGUCGUUGUAGACAGCUAUAACCGCCUCAAUGUCCCCCAGCUCAAUGCGGUAGCCUCAGAUCUUAACCUGUCCAUUAGUGCGCCCAAGAAGUUUUAACUAGUCGCCAUAGUUAAAACGCGCAAGGUCGCCUGUGCAGUAGACUACGCAGCCGAGGUAGGCGCUCUUAACAAAACGUAACGCUGUCAUGUCAGGCAUUUUGUAGUAUCCCUAGGCUAAUCCUGCGCCCGCUAUGUGCAACUCGCCCUCGUCCCUAGCUAGCACUAGCUCUAAGCUCUCGCUGAGCACAUGCAGUUGAUAAUUAGAAAGGGGCCGUCCAAUAACAACCUCUUCGUCUCGACGCACUUUCCAUAUGCUUGCCCACACCGUUGCCUCGGUCGGUCCGUACACGUUCCAAACGGAUUCGGCGCAGACCAGCAGCUGGGCGGCUAGCCGCUGCGGUAGUUUGUCCCCUCCGCAUACAACCUUGAGCAGGCGCGGCUCUCCUUUCCACCCUGCAUCCAAAAGCAUCUGCCAAGUCACCGGUGUGCCCUGCAUAAUGGUAAUCUCGUAGCGUCGCAUAAGCCCGAGUAGCGCUCCCAGGUCCUUGACCUCGUCGGUUUUGGCCAUGACUGUUGUUCCACCGCAGAUAAGUAGUAGAAUCAGUUCCAACACUGCUAUAUCAAAAGAGAUGGUUAGGACAGAGAGCAGACGGUCACCUUCGUCACAACCUAGCUCUUCCUUCAUGGCCGCUAAUAGGUUACAGAGAGAACCGUAGCGCCCUCGUUCGCAUUUCCAUCCCACCAUGCACUCCUUGGGCAGCACCAUCACCAUAAUCCUAGUCC